AAGUUCAAACAGGCGCUCAUCCCCAGAUCCCAAGGCUGAAGAGAAAAAUCCUCCAGAGGCGAAAGACCCCCCAGAGACCGCCCUCUACUCUGCAGAUGAGGUUCAGCUUGGAGUUGAAAACAGCCUUACCUGCUUUGUGAACUACUUUUACCCACCUGACAUCAAAGUCAGCUGGACCAAAAAUGACAGACCAGUGACAGAGGGUGUAAUGCUCAGUCAAUAUUUUCCCAACAAAGAUCAAACCUUCCACCAGUUCUCCACCCUGAAAUUCACACCGAAGGAGGGGGACUUUUACAGCUGCACCGUGGAGCACUUGGCCCUGGACCGGCCUCAAACAAGGUUCUGGGAAGUGGAAAUCAGUCAUCCCAGUGUUGGAGCAGAUGUUUUCUGUGGAGUGGGGAUGAUUCUUGGACUGCUGGGAGUUGCAGCUGGAACAUUUUUAAUGGUUAAAGGACAUCUUGAAGGGCAAUAAAUACUUGGUUUUAUGGAUAUUUUAUACAUCAUUCAGAUGUUGAUAGUGGCAAAUUUCUUCUUAAAUGUUAUCUGGGUUUGAGAGGCUCAAAUAUCAGGCUUGCAGUGUUUUCUAUAGCUACAGUUUGAAGUGUUUAAGUUUGUAAAAACAUAAACUUGGUAUCUAU